AUGUCGGCGCAGAUAGACUUAACUCUGGACGUUCUACUAAAACACGAAGCAGAAGGGCGGGGACGCAUACCCACGAUCCAGCACUAUAUCAAAACGCAAAAGCAGUUCGCGCAAAUAUAUGCAGCAGAGGGUCUCGAGGAGUACGCCAAGUGGUCAAACCCUGAACAAGUGCCGUCAUCGGUUCCUUCUAUCACUCCCAGAAGCCCCCUACUGGCCGCCCGAAUUGAUCGUCAAUCGCAUGAAGCACCGGUACCGAAAGACGAUGGCGAACGACCUGUGACAUCUAUCCCCGACAUCCAGCCUAGCGCGGCCCGGGCCGACUCACGGUAUCCUUCGACUCCCCCUGCGAAGCACAAGUGUCAGAGGUUACGCCGUCACUACACCCCGGAUGAGGAGCAUGAUCGUCGCCUCACCGAACGUCGCGAGCGUCGCCGUGCAAAGGCAGCUAUCAGGCAGAAUAAGUUCACAGGAAUAAGCCCACGAGUACCGAACGAGACGAUCAAGAAAUCCGAAGUGACUCGAAAGCGAAAGAAAGAGACAGAACCAUUGUCUUUUGAGGAAAAAGAAGAUAUUUCAUCAACUGAUGAGGUCGGCCAAAUGAACGUGAGACAGAAAUGCAGGAAAAAGAAGCAGAAAGUCGGCCCCGUUGCCAUUGGAUUGCUCAACAGCUUGGCACCUUCGAACAUUCGGAGAGAUAGAAUAACUCUUCAACCACCUUCCACACUUGGCGUGUUCAACAAAGGGAAAGCCUCCGCAAAAGUGAUGGUGAAGGAAAAGACGGGCAAGAAGACGCGUGGCCGCAGUAUUGUUUUCUCAGAGACAAAGUUUCUGGGUAAAAGACAUCUCUCCCCUGCCUUCUCCAGCAGCUCAUCUGAAGCCCCCCGGCACCCUAUGAAACAAGUCUCGAACUACUUCGCCUUCCCUGGAAAAGAAACUCAAGCUCCGCCACGUCCUGCAGUUUCAGAACGUUCCUCGUCUUCCAUCGUCUCGGCCUGGUCCCGCUCCUCGCUUGGCAAACGAACAGCAUAUAUCAAUAACAUCCGUAGCAACGCGCAGUGUGAGCUUUCUACUUCGCCCAGACUGACGAUUCCUCUCCCUGAGACGCGGUCAUCCAACCUUAUCGAAGCAGCAAGGAAUUCCGACAGUGGCCCACCGUCUACAACGCCUCCUCCCGCCCAGGAAUCACAGCUGGCGAUCUCGGAUCCGGCGUCUAACCCCAGCAUGGAAAACGCACGUCUGACUAGCGACGCGCAACUUCCCAUCUUGUUCUCGUCAAAUGACCAGCCUGCUGUACCUUUUGCCCCAUCCUCGACCUCUUGCGAGACUCUUGACAUGCUGAUCGCUGCUUGUGCGGACCCUGUUCUUCCCAUCACCCAUUUGGCACCACCUGCUCCUGAUACAAUGUUUGGUACAAUCGCUCCCGAUCUUCUCGGUCAAAAUACCAACCGAUUUCUGCAUCAUUCCACGUCUGAUGCCGUGCUCAUCUCUGAACCGUCGGAUUGCGAUCUCCACGUAACAAACGCGCUGUCAGAUUACUCUCCCCUUGAUGAUGGUGAAGUCUUUGACAAUCCCAUGCCUCUGUCGUCUGAAGAUUGUACCGUCGAUCCACUGGAUUUCUUGGAUCAAGAGUCUGGUCAUGCCUCAGAAGUCGGGUUGUGUCUCUUGUACGAUACUUGCGCAGAGCAGUGCUAUCAACCAGAGCUACAACAUGACCAUCUCCAGCCCCAUAUCAGCUUGCCUAGUCACGGGUAUACCUCUAAUCAGCCCGAGGAACUUAUGCCCUCAAUCGACGAUCCAUAUAACCCUGCUUUACUGGCGACCAGGGAUAGUUAUCCGGAAUCCAGCGAAUUCGUUUCUGGCGCUGUCUCUGGGGAGCACUGGAGUUUAUACGACGACCACUGCUAUCCCCAAAAUACUGGCUUGAGCUCUGGAUACCACAGCUCGUAUGAAACCGAUAGCGACACAGAAGAAUAUAGCAGUGACAUCCUGGAUGACUUCACCGUCGGCCGCACACUACUAGAGACUGGCCCGAUGCCUGCAAAGAUGGACAUGGACUGGAAUGCUGACAGGCCGUUGUGGCCGAGAUACCGUGUGUAA